AUGAACGCCGUACCCAUCACAAAAAAACUGAUAGCCUUUGGGAGCAAGAAGAUAUACCUUCCUAAAUUCACAGUCGCACUCCUUCGUACACCAAACCUUUCCCCGUAUCAUGCCCGCUUCCUCGUCCCGCUCGACUUCUCAAAGUACGACCUUCGCGAUUACCUCUACCACGCCUACAACGUCAAAUGCUUCAACAUCAGAUCGUACGUAAAGCAAAUGCCUGUACGCGAUACGCGCGAACAGCCACGGCAUUGGUUCCGUGAGGACUCGAAGAAGUACAUGACGGUAGAGUUGGAGCAGCCAUUCGUCUGGCCAGAGGUUCCCGACCUAGAGCCAUGGGGCCAACGAGAGAGGAGAGAAGAGAUUAAGCAGGCGGCCAGCCAGAAUGGAGCUGGAGACAUGGCCGAAGCAAGAGAGGCAGCCAGGACGCUACGAGAGCAGGUCAAGAAGUUGCUCGACAAGAAAGUCUCGCGGCCGGAUCCCGAGAUACAGAAGAAGAAGGCAAUGUCUGUAGAGCUCACAGCAGAAGAGUUGGAAGCAGAAAAGCUCAGAGAGCAGGAAGAGGCAAAUCUACAGCGUAUGUCAAGACUAAAGUUGUGGGCGAAGGAACGGACAGGGAAGGCCGUGGAAAGCGAUAAGCCUAGGCGGUAUGCGAUCAAGGUUUGA